UCUGUAAAUACAUUAACGUUCUCUGCAUUAUGUUUUAUCCAAAAUGCGGCUUAAGUUAAUAAGUGCGUUUCUAGUUUUAUUUGUAUUAACGUUUACGUAUCUAAUUUUCUAUCGAUCUGUGUUCAAUAUUAAUUAUCCUUUAGUGAAUAAUGGCCAUUUCAAUAAAAGAUCUCCGGUUUUUAAUAUUGCCGUGGUUGUUUGCGGUCAUAGAUUACAAGAAUCGUUAGUAAUGAUCAAAUCGGCUCUUCUGUUUAGCCAAUUUGAUGGCGGAAAUAUACAUUUCUGGAUAUUUGCUGAGAAUCUGCUAAGAACUGAACUUAAUGAACGAUUAAAUGAUUGGCGGAAUUUUAUACAUUUCUCUUUUGAGGUGAUGCCGCUAACUUUUCCCAAACAGAAUAGAAAGGAAUGGCAGUCACUGUUCAAGCCGUGUGCCUCUCAACGGCUUUUUUUGCCGUUACUACUUCCUGAAGUUGAUUCCGUUUUGUAUGUGGACACAGAUGUUAUUUUCUUGUCUCCCAUAUCUGACAUUUGGAAACAUUUUCAAAGAUUUAAUGCCUCACAGUUUGCAGCUCUCACCCCGGAGCAUGAAGAUGAAAACAUUGGUUGGUACAAUCGUUUCGCACGUCAUCCUUACUAUGGGCGGAUGGGAGUAAAUUCUGGUGUCAUGCUUAUGAAUCUGACACGAAUGCGCGUGCACAAAUGGGUCUCGCAUAUAGUACCUAUAUACAAUGAAUACAAACUACGUAUCACAUGGGGUGACCAGGAUAUAAUAAAUGUUUUCUUUUAUUAUAAUCCAGAUUCACUUUAUCUGUUGUCCUGCGAAUACAAUUAUAGACCAGACCACUGUAUGUAUAUUAGUGUGUGCAACGCAUCUGUUGAAGGAAUAAAACUGUUACACGGUAAUCGGGGCUACUUUCAUUCUAAUAAGCAACCUCUUUUUAAAGUAGUGUAUGAAGCAGUAGAAAGCUACAAGAUUGGCUCAAACCCCUAUUAUUAUUUUGUGCUACCACUAAAUUCAUCAUUAAAUGAAAAUGCGGUAAAAGAAACAAAUUGUGGACUGCUAACGGAAGAAACGAUGUAUGUUGCACGACAAAUAUUUGGGGUGUACCAUAAGAUUAUGUAUGAUUGAAAGCUAAUUCUAGGUACUAUACUCUUUCUUAUAUAUAUGCACUCUUCAAAUAUGUUUUUACGGAAACUAUGUGCAAAACGUGAGUUGUAUUUGCUCCAUAAUGCUUCAAAAUCGUGGCAGUGUUGUACUUCGGUCCUUUGUCCAAUACCGGAUUUGACAAUCUGAUUGACAAUUGAUUUUAGUCUAAUCAGAUCGAAAAACCUAAUAAGCUAAAUAUUAAAAUGAUAAAAAAUAUUGGGUACCGUUUAGUUAAUUACUCAACGAUUUCGGGUUGUUGUGCCCAAAUGGUUGGCUCGAUCAAAACAAUUUUAACACAAACUUGUAGUCAAGAGUCCAAUCUUAAAUUUAAAAGAAAAUUUACAAAUUUCUGGGCACAAAUUUAUUAAUAAACUCAGCUUUUUUUUUUGUAAAUUUCGGAAUUAAGCAUACAUUCAUUACUUUUAUUCUGCCUUAAAGCAGCCAUUUAAUAAAUUUUUAUGUUCACAUCGACUUAAUACAUUAUUCUAUUAGUUAAUGCUUCUUUUAUUGCUUUAGUUUAGACUAAAUUUAUUAAAUAUAAAAUUUUAUUAGAAAUUUAUUAAAUAGAGAAUCUUAUUAGAAAUUUAUUAAAUAACAUCUUUAUGAAAAUCACGUUUGCGCUUUGGAUAGCAUAUUCAAAUUAAAUGGCGAUGAAGGCAUAGGGUGGUGGCAUUCGAGCAACAAAAAUAUUUUUUAAACAAGAUAUGUCAAGAAUGGAAUAUAUGACAAAAUAGGUAAAAUUCGUUUGUCGCGCAUUCGCAACUCAACUAAAACUUUCCAUCAUUCCAUUUUAAAGCCAUUUCUAAAUUAAAGCCGAAUUCAAGAAGAACAAAGCUACUCUAAUCAUACGCCUUGAUGGCGACAUUGAACUGUGGAAUUUUAGAAUAUCUACGAAUAAUAAGACACAAAGAGAACAAGCAAAAACCCAGUAAGCAUAAAUGAUAUUAGUGGCAUUAUUUGUUUGUUUACGAGUUUUGGAAUUGCUUUAUAUGCAUAUAGUAAAAGUCUGCAAUAAACAGUAUUUUAACAUAAAAGUUGAUAACAUUUUCGCCGAAAAAUUAAAUAUGUAUAUAUAGUGCAUAUGUAUGAAAAAAUUCAGUAUUUUUGAUCCAAAUAACUUCACACUUUAUCUGCCAAAAUGAUGUUUUUACAUUGCACCGCAACGGCUGCCCAAAAGUUUGUAGAUGGGUUAGAGAAGAGUGCGCGUACUUCUAUUAGAGCUUGAACUGUUUUCUUUCCAAUAGGUUUAAAUACCACGCCCUCUCCGCCUACUACCUCAAAAUCAGUGGGUAAUUAACUAAACAUUUCCUAAAAUAUUUAUUGUUUUGUUCACUUCCAUAGUCACAAUACACUCUCCCAAAGAGAGAUACUGACAAAUGUUUACUCGAAACCAAAAUUUUCAGAAACUUGCAAGUUUCAAUGAAAGCUAACUGCCAGGAGUUCUUGUCGAAAUUUCGAGCAAUUUCAUCACAGUUUAAUUAAUAUUUCGAUAGUGGAAUCCUUGAUUAAAGUCAACGACUCCACAUUACUUCGAUCAUUAAUACGUCUAUUUUUUCCAUCUCCUUAUUGAAAUUAACUGAAAAUUAAAAAAAUAUAUAUGUACAUACUUACCUUGUUCUAUUUUUUCUGGGAAAAAUUUGUUCAGCCAGCAUAAACUUCCCAUCUUCCUCUUUCAUAUUCGCCUUCCAUGCCAGUUUUCUAGACAUCGCGAAUGCGAUUGUGAUAAUUCGGUACAAUUAUUUGCAUCACGAACACACCAAAUAAAACACAGCUGUAUAUACCAACAUGAAACUAAAGUGUAAUUCCAUUCGCUUAAGAUUAUUUAUUUUUGUGCUGCUAUUUAAUUAAAUUCAUGUUAUAUAAAUAAGCAAUAAUAAUUUGUAAGUAAGGGUAGAGGUUGGUCGUGUUUGGUUAUUUUUCCACAAUAUAUUUAAUUGUUGCGAAUAUAACCACCUCACCCGAUUAAAUGUAAAGAUGAUAGUUUACAACGUCCCCUUAGUAUAACAAUAGCCUAUGUGCUCAUAGGCUAUUAUUUUUUUAUUGAAUUUUUGGAUUCUCCAUCGACGAUUUUAUAUGUGGUCAAAAUUUUGUGAAAUUCUAAUUCCACAAAGUGGGUCAAAACGUCAGUCAAAAAAUAAUAAAUAUUUACAGACAUAACGAGAUUUGAGUGAGAGCUACUUUCGACAAAAAGUUUGAAAUUAAUUUUCUCAAAACAUCAAAAAAAUUAUAGGCUAUUUUAAUACUAAGGGGACGACAAGACGGCAGCAGAAUAGUGCUCGCUCAUCCGCACGGAAGGCCCAAAUAUUAUAUACUACAAGACUGAGACUGAAUUACUUACAAUGUAGAGAAUAUUAAGGUGGCAACGAAAACCGCUAAUUUGUUCUUAUUAUAUUUGACAGCUAGGUGACAUCAGUAAAGAAAAUAAACAGGCCCUUGUAUGCAUGAUUUAUUUUAUCUUUUCACUUGCUUUCGCUUAUUUAUUUAGUGUACUGAAGUCACGACAAUCUUGUAUUCUAUCAUUCUUGAUAUCGGCCCUUAUUGUCUUGCUGUGACUGUAUUCAAACGAUACCUAGUUUUUAAUCAAUGUAGUCACAGCAACAGUUUGACGAACAAGCAUUUACAAGAUCUCUUAAGAAUUAGUCGAUACUAGCAUGAAUUAAUAGCAUAAUUAACAAUUAGAAAAUUAAUACAUUUCAUUUCCAUUAUUUGGUUUUAUGCAAUAUUUUUAGCAUUAAUAAAAUAUAUACGUAAAUAAAUAAAAAUAGUGAGUUUAA